AUGGAGGGCAAGCGAAAAUUCUCCCAGUACCACCAGAACGACAACGCGGAAUUCACCAAGUCCGGCGAAGUCCACGGGAGUCUCCUCUUGCGGUCAGGGCCACGCCAAGGACCUCUGAGAAAGAGCAACCCUCCCCUUGGCAAAUGCGUUGUGUCGUCUCUACUGUCGACAUUCUGCUGCGUUUACCGGACGACGCUGCACAUGCCCUCGUGGCUUCGCGUUGGCAGAAGUCAGAAGGAAGUGGGUACAGUGGACAUCUCCAGCGACCAGAAUGUAUCGGUGACCUUGUAG